CUCCUUUUCUCCCUCCGUUUCUUUCAUUCACAUUUCACAGAAACUCAGCCAAAAACCCUAGCACUAUAAGCCUACACCACCGCCGCCGCAAGGAGUGGCAUACUGCCGCCGUCCGUCCGUCUAUCUAGCUUCCCUCGUGCUCCGAGUCUUCAACCCCCGUUCGUUGUCACCGAUCGCAGCUGCUUCCUCGAGCUCGGCGUCCGUCGUCUUUGUAUGCUCAGCCGCGCUCAAGUUUGCGCUCAAGUUUGAGCUCGGCAUACUUCCUUCGUUCGCGUUCUUCGCCGUUCAAGUUUGCUCGGCGUUCACCGUUCGCGUUCACUCGCUGUUCACCGUUCGGGUUCGCGUUCGUCUGGAAGCCACGUUGCCCUGCUUCAAACUCUGCGACCAACCCGCGCGCUCCACCUAGCCGUCGAACUGCUCUCUUUUGUCGCCGCAGAAAUUCUUUGAGGUAUAUAAGAAUUAAGAAGGAAGACUAUUUUAACGUGCAAACUCUAAUUAUCCAAGUCCAAUAGAAUAAGAAGCGAUGUCUACGCUAGAAAUUGAAGCUCGAGAUGUCAUCAAAAUUGUGCUUCAGUUUUGCAAAGAAAAUUCCUUGCAUCAGACAUUUCAGACACUUCAGAACGAGUGCCAGGUUUCGUUGAACACUGUGGAUAGCAUUGAAACCUUUGUUGCUGAUAUUAAUAGUGGAAGAUGGGAUGCAAUAUUGCCUCAAGUUUCUCAAUUGAAGCUUCCAAGGAAUAAAUUGGAGGAUCUGUAUGAGCAGAUUGUAUUAGAAAUGAUUGAACUUCGAGAAUUGGAUACUGCACGUGCAAUUUUAAGGCAAACACAGGUGAUGGGUGUCAUGAAACAGGAGCAACCUGAAAGAUAUUUGCGUCUUGAACAUCUCUUGGUCAGAACUUAUUUUGACCCGAAUGAGGCUUAUCAAGACUCAACAAAAGAGAAGCGGCGUGCGCUAAUUGCCCAAGCUCUUGCUGCUGAAGUUACUGUAGUCCCUCCGUCUCGACUAAUGGCUCUAAUUGGUCAGGCUUUGAAGUGGCAGCAGCAUCAAGGGUUACUACCUCCUGGAACACAAUUUGAUUUGUUCCGUGGAACAGCUGCUAUGAAACAAGAUGUAGAUGACAUGUACCCGACAAAUCUCUCACACACAAUAAAGUUUGGGACAAAAAGUCAUGCAGAAUGCGCUUGCUUUUCACCAGAUGGGCAGUUUCUUGUAUCUUGCUCGGUUGAUGGGUUUAUCGAGGUCUGGGAUUACUUAAGUGGAAAACUAAAGAAAGAUCUUCAGUACCAGGCAGAUGAAGUGUUCAUGAUGCAUGAGGAUGCCGUGCUUUGUGUAGACUUUAGCAGAGAUUCAGAGAUGCUUGCAUCUGGAUCACAAGAUGGAAAGAUCAAAGUCUGGCGUAUAAGGACUGGUCAAUGCUUGCGGCGUCUUGAACGUGCACAUUCCCAAGGUGUGACAAGCCUUUCCUUCUCUCGUGAUGGAAGCCAAUUAUUGAGUACAUCAUUUGACAGCACAGCAAGAAUCCAUGGUCUCAAAUCUGGAAAGAUGUUGAAAGAAUUCCGUGGGCAUACAUCUUAUGUGAACGAUGCAAUUUUCACAACUGAUGGUAGUCGUAUCAUUACUGCAUCUAGUGAUUGUACAGUGAAGGUCUGGGAUGUGAAGACAACAGACUGCAUACAAACUUUUAAGCCGCCACCUCCUUUAAGAGGAGGUGAUGCUUCUGUCAACUCUGUUCAUAUUUUCCCCAAGACUACUGACCACAUUAUUGUUUGUAAUAAAACAUCAUCAAUAUACAUCAUGACACUACAAGGACAGGUUGUUAAGAGCUUCUCAUCUGGUAAAAGAGAGGGUGGCGACUUCAUUGCUGCUUGUGUUUCACCUAAAGGAGAAUGGAUUUAUUGCGUCGGUGAAGACAGGAAUAUGUACUGCUUCAGUCACCAAUCUGGCAAAUUAGAGCAUCUGAUGAAGGUCCAUGAGAAGGAAGUUAUAGGCGUCACCCAUCAUCCCCAUAGGAAUCUUGUUGCAACUUAUAGUGAAGACUGCACAAUGAAGUUAUGGAAGCCUUGAUCUUCGUCUUCCCUCUAUUGUGACCUCCAUAAGCACAAAUGAAAAUCAUAUGAAUACAUGUUUCUCGUUUGUAGCUGUACAAUGUUUUUUCUUUCUCUUAUUUCCAUUUUGUAGCUUCUUAAUUCGUACGCUGCCAGUGGGAAUUGUAGGUGAGAUUGUACUUUUAUUUAUGAUUUAUGGUUUAUCGUCU